AAUAUACUGAUAUUGUCAUCACAUGACUCGUUCGGUCAACUAAAACAGUAGAGUACCUACUGAUGAGACAAUAAUAUUCAUUAAGUUAAAUGCCAUUAACCCGGUGUGCGCGCCCAUACUAGUACGUUCUAAUUAUUGUUAGUGGCGAAAAAGUGAAGUAUUUUUGUACGAGUUAUUAUGGAAGGCAGUACGAUAAUACGACAUGCGACGAAAGAUGAUAUGGAUUCUGUGGCUGAUAUGAUUCAAGAGCUAGCUGAAUUCGAGAAAGUGGAAAAAGGACCAAAUAUAUCGGGAAUAGAUCUACGUCGUGACGGUUUCGAAACUGAUCCACCCUUAUUCCGCUGUCUUGUUGCUGAACAAAUAAAUGAUCUUAAGAAGGAGUUGGUGGGAUACGCUCUGUACUUUUCGUCGUACUCGACUUGGCAGGGUCGAGCAUUGAUGAUGCGCGACAUCUUCAUAAAAGAGCGAUGUAGGAAACAGGGCGUCGGUAAGAAACUCUUCAACGCAGUCGCUAAGGUAGCGUCUUCAUCAGGUUGUUCCCGUCUGGAGUUCCACGUGUUAGAAUGGAACGAUGCUCGGUCGUUUUACGAGUCACGUGGCGCAAGGGACCUGACCGCUGCUGAGACCUGGCGUUACUACCGCCUUGAUGAUGACGCACUACAUGCAGCUGCUAGGGAAGCUGACAUAAUAUAUUGAAUCCACUACACCAUAGAUUGCAAGACUUUUUUAGUUUUAUGUCUUCUGUCCACACUCGCUACGCUCGUACGGUGAAGGAAAAAAUAUAUCACAAAGAAUGCUUACUACCAACUUGUCUAUGAAAUAAAAAUGCAUAAUUAUUUUAAGCGGAUGUAAUCCGAAACCAAGACUGGGUGCUGUAUUAUUAUUAUAAAAUAGCAUUAUUAUUAAAACAAAUUA